UUUAUUUAGAAUGGGCAAAGGUCACCAUCAGUUACCAAAAAUUCCUAAUGCAUCAGUAUAUAAAAUUGAUAAUUCUGUAGUAUUGAUGAAUUUACAAAAGAAAUUAGCUGAAAAAGGAUUAAAGGAUCCAUGGAUAAGAAAUCAUGUUUGGCGCUUUGAAGAUUAUAAUAGAUCGAAGUAUCCUAAAUCUAUAUUUUCAUCAUUUUUUUUACAAGGAUAUAAAUAUUGGAUUCCAUUAAUUGGAUUAACGAUUGCAGUCGAAUCAUUUUUAGGUAUUGAUUAUAGUGGACAUGGUCAUGGACAUGAAGCUGAUAGUGAACAUCAUUGAACAUGGUAUAGAUAUAAUCGACAAAUUUUGUUUUGUAUUACUAAACCGCAUAUUGUAUAUUGCCAAUAUAUGAUAGUACUCAAAUAAAAAUAAAAUUAUCUUACACAAAGCAAUA